AAGCGUUGAAACACCAUGAUUGGGGGUAUGGCUGUGUCUGCAAAUGCAAAAUCAUGCCCAUGUUUUGGAUUGUUUUUAGAGUCUAAAUGUAGUCUGAAAAUGAAGAAAAACCAAGUGGGCAUGAGAAAACACAAGAAUUCAAAAAAGAUUAGGAAAACAAUCGUUAAUGAGCUUGGUGGGCAAUAUGAAGAGGUCUUCAAUGACGUUAAAUUGGAAUUAAGGAAUUGUUUCACAGCGAAAGCAGUUAGAACUGUUCUUUAUCAACUGUAUGAGAUGAAUCCUCCUCAAUAUAUCUGGCUACACAAUUUCAUUGCUGAAAAUGAUCCUGCAGAUGGGAAACGAUUUCUUCGGAUUCUUGCAAAGGAAUAUCAAGAUCUUGCUGAAAGAGUAAUGAUAACGCGUCUUCACCUAUAUGGAAAAUGGAUUAAGCAAUGCGAUCAUGGUGAAAUAUACAAAGAAAUUUCGGAUGAAAACUUGGAGUUGAUGAGGGAAAGACUCUUGGAAACAAUUGUUUGGCCUGCUGCUGAUGAAAAAACUACCGACUAAUUUCAAGACUUGGUAAGAGGUCUGUCUCAAAUUAGAAAAAAAUAAAUAAAUUAUAAUUGAGUUUGUAGCAAUUGUAAAUAAUUGAUGAAAAUUUGUUAAGGAAAUAUUUUGAAGUUUAAGAAGAAAAUAUAUCUGGGUCAAUUUUAAUUCGAGC